AUGAAACAAUACAAUCCUAUGAAGCCGAUAAAGCGUGGAUAUAAAAUAUGGUGUAUGUCUGAUCAGAAUGGUUAUAUAAAAAAUUUUAAAAUAUACCAAGGUAAAGACGAACAAGACGUGUCUGACGAAUUCAAACAUUUAGGGCUUGGAGAAAGAAUCGUACUUAAACUGUCUAAAAUUGAGUGGAAUAAAAAUAGGUGCUUCAUUUUUGACAAUUUUUUUACGUCUAUUCCUCUUUUAGAAAAACUUAAACUCGAAGGUUGUUUAGCUUAUGGCACUAUUCGACCAAAUCGUAAAGGUUUACCAAAAUUGGCUGAUGAUACAAAAUCUAAAAGGGGAACUUAUGACUACCGCAUAUCUGAUUUAGGUAUUAGCGUCUUUAAGUGGAAAGACACAAAAAAGGUUCAUUUUGCAUCAAAUUAUCAUGGAUCUGAGGUCACAACAGUUUUACGUAAAAACAAAACUGGGGAAAAAAUAAUAUCACAUGUCYACAAGUUGUCAAAGACUAUAACCGUUUUAUGUGUAGCUUAG